AUUCAUUCAGCCGCCGACUUGACAGCUCGUUGCUUUGCCGAGUUGCUGUUGAGAACACCAAAAUAUGUCUUGAAAAGUCAACAUUUUCCACCGCAAACUAACAAUUCUCGUCCAGACUACAGUUUGUGCCGAUUUUCUGAACUGAACUGGCGCAUUGCACUCAUUAUUGGAGCCGUUUUUGAGCUCUUUCUUGAGGAGAAAUAAAUCGAGAAAUUGGAAUAUCCAGACGUGUACGGAAAGUGAUCUGCUGCACACUGGAUCCGAAGGCAUCGUUUGCUCUUUGAGCCGUAUCCAAGGCAACGCCUCCUUGGUUUGUGCAUGCACUGCACAGCAUAAAGAGGUUGUAAGGCCUAAGUAAAGCGAACAAAAAAAACUGACUGGGAGCGACAUGGCUGAGCCUAGUGAAAGAAUUUACAAGGCUUUCAUUGCUGUAAAUUGUGCGUAUGUGGUUUUGGCCAUCAUCUUAAUAUGCAUCAGCGCCCUCGCAUUGCAAGCCACCCUCCUCCUAACCACGCCCAUCGUCGGGGGUCUCGCUGCCACGGCAACCUUUCUCCUCUUCCUGGCCAUCCUAGGCAUCGUCGGUGUUGUCAUGGGCAACCAAGCACUCAUAUUUCUUUACCUCGUAUUCAUGUCCGUCACAUGCUUCAUCCAGUUCUGCAUCUCCAUAGCCUGUCUGUCAGCCUUCAGCAAAGCCCGGAGGGCCGAGGUUUUACGAGGCGGCUGGGAGGAGGCCAGCAACGUUACCCGGCAACAGGUUCAGAGUAAUUUCAAGUGCUGCGGCUUGGACGCCAAGCAUGUGGUUUACAGCAGCUGCGAGGAACUACUGCUACCAUGUUGCAAUAUUAGCACCCAUAACUGUACCGGCUGUAGUUUUUGCAUGUCCACACUCGACAAUCGAUUGGAGCAUGCGGCGCAGUUCUCCGGAGGUGUUGGGCUACUUUUUGGCUUUUUACAGCUCGGGGGCAUUUUCCUAGCUUGGUGGUAUCGUCGACAACCGGCGCUGGGCUUCGGACAUGAUAUAUUAAAUUGAAUUGUCCACCUCACCCCGUGAAGUCUCCGGAAAUGAUCAUUUGCAACUUGGGCUGCCGCCGUGGGGUUUUUGAUUGGUCGAGGAGGCAGAAGAAAACACUCCUCAAAUCGAAUGAAGCCAGAAAUGAAGGAAGUAUGGAUAGAGUGAGUAAAAGGAGAGGGGUGUAAAUUUUGGAAGUUUUUUUUUUACGCAGGGGCUCAUCAAUGGUGCCAUCAUCCAUUAUUUAGGUUUACACAAUUUUUUUAUUUUUAUUUCAGAGACGAUAAGCAUUUUGUUCAGCAUUGUAACAUAAAUUCACACUGCUGUUAUGUUGUGAGCGCCUACCUGAUGCUUUCAAGAACAUUUAAAGGUAGAGUAGAUUAUUUGCAGCUAUCCAAAAAGUAACUGACAGAAUUAUUGUUAAAAAAAAAAAAAUACUCGGUUUAAAGAUAGUAAUGACACUAUACUCCCUGUGAAGUUAUUCUUCCUGGCAUGCUGUCAUUUUGAAGAAAGCAAUAAAAAAAACGGUCAUUUCCAAAGAUGUGUCAAGUGACGUAUUUUUGGAAAUUUCUGUUUGUAAUUCGGCAAAUCCGUAAAUGGGUACGCGCAAGCAUUGAAACGACGAUGUAUUCCUCAGUUCAGUGAAUGGGAACAUGUCCCGGACGCUGCUCUGGGGCGCAAUUCAAAACAUGAAUCGGCAACUUUUGGAGUGAAACCGAGAUCCUAGAAAAUUGAUUUGCCAGAAAAACAGCAUUCACUGAGCUAAAACUUCAUCAGAAUGAGAAUAGUUGUUAAGAACCUGUCUUUACAUUUUGAGAACUUUUGUUACUUCAAAAAA